UUUCCAAAAGUGGGGCUCGGCUGGGAGCACGUGCGCCCAGGCUCAGCAGCAGCAGCAGCAGCAGCCCGGGGCUAACAGUCGCUAUCUAACCUCAUAUGUCCCACGUGCAUCCAUUUGGUUUCCACUCAUUUUUUUUUUCUCGAAGUAGCGCGACACUUUGCCGCCCCGGUGGCUUAUGAGACGCCGCUGUCGCGGCAGCUGAAGCCAUUGCUGUGUGAAGAUGAAGAGGAUGCUGGCGACUUCGAGCGUGCGGCCGGCGUCCGUCUCCUAAAAAAAGGACACAAUGUAAUGGAUGUGCUAUAGGUCCUGACUAAGCGAGGCUCAUUGGUACCAGCUUGGAUUAAGUGGCGUUCCAAAGGUUCUAGUGACCGUCCAGCCUCUGCCAUGGACUUCUUUGAUGACACCCUCUUUGCUGGAGGUUUGGAAGGGCUGGAUGAGGAUGGCUUCUCCUCAGCACCCUCGCUUGUGGAUGAGCUAAACCUUACUUCUGUGUAUGAUCCCCUUCAAGUGGAGCCUUUAGUCCCUGAGAAGCAUCAAGGGAUUAUGGCACCAGUUUCUACCCAUCAAGCCAUGCCCACUUACAGUCAGCAGAUGGGCCAUUACAUUGGCAUGAAGGCACAUGAUCCUGUGGGGCAGGCCUUUCCUGGUUCUGGGGGUGCAAGCAGUGGAAAUGGUGGCAUGAUGACACAGCAGCAUGGACAGUACCACAACGCCGCCAUUACUCAAGUACCUCAGUCCAACGGGCUGUUCUGUAACAGUGGCAGUCCAAUGUGGGGCAACCAAGACCAGAAUGGUAAUAUGUUCCACAAUAUAUCGCAGCAGCAGCUUUGUCAUCAGCCGCAGCAACAACUGCACAGUAGCAGACAACUUCACGUUGGACAACAGCAAGCACAGCAGCACCAACACCACCUUUCCCAUCACCAACAACAAGAGCAACACCACAGAAUCAGACAGCAGCAGCAGCAGCAGCUGCAACAACAGCAAAGUCAUCACCAACAGCUGUUGAACCAGCACCCACAAAUGAAUCCACAGACGAUGUCGCUGCAGCAACAGCCACAUCACAAUUUCUCCUUUCACCAGGAAAGACACGCUCAGCAGCAGGCUCAGCACCAACUACCCGUAGGAGGACCAAGGUUUCAUUCAAGUGCUCUACCAAAUAAGUCUUAUCUAGAUGGCCACAAUGCUUCACUCGGCGGGGCUUGCUUACAACAGCAGCAGCAGGGAAGCUACCACUUAACUAGAGGGGGGCAGGCCUUCUCUGGAGCUCAGCCAGAGGACCCCAACCUGCCUUUCUCCAUGCAUUCAUCAUCUAUGGUUCACGCCCUGCCCACUUGCUCAGUCAGUUCUGGCGCUGCUUACCCACCAGCCCAGUUCCCAGCCUACCCUGGAGAGCCAGAAAUACCCAGACUCGGUCAGAAGUCCUUGUCCUCUUCCUCAUUGUCUAGACCCACCUCCACCACUUCCCCUCUCACUCCAAAAAUGCCAGAGCUCUCAGGGACAACAUGUCAGUUUCCACCUACGGCAGUUAUGCGUCAGCAGCACAGUAGGAUUCCCGUUAGCCAGGAAGAGGAAUGUCCUUUUCUACCGUGUUCUGGCGAAACCCAAGGCAAGCCGUCUCAGAUGUUUGGUGAAUCGAUGAGCUGCUACAGCAUGGCCAGCCAACUGCCCUCUGAGCAUCCUCAGAGCUGUGGGGCCAUCAACACUAAUGGAUACCCUGGUUUGGGAGAUGGUUUCCUGUCGGCCGAGGAUCAAGAUAGAGACUUGGAGAACCUGGAGCCUCCUGACCUCCUGCCUGACCUACUGCCCCAGCUGGAGGCUGCCCUCAGCCAGCAUGAUGGCUCCAACUGCUCCUGGACCAGUUCCAGCCAGGACAGGGGGCAUGAGCAGAAGCCACCACCUGUUCUGUACAAGGAAGAAAAGCCUCGAAAGAACGCUAAUGGUCCUGGCAGCCAGAUACGGGUCCUCAGCCCCCCUAUGAAGAGCAGCUCAUCGUCCUCUUCCUCCUCAUCGUCCUCUUCAUCCUCAUCUAGCUCUUCAUCAGAGAAGAGGACGCCACGGAGGACGCAUCAACAGAUGGAGUCAACUCUGCACGACAAGCAGGAGAAGGCCAAUAGGAUAAUAUCAGAGGCUAUUGCUAAAGCCCAGCAGCGCGGGGAGAAGAACAUCCCUCGAGUUAUGAGCCCGGAGAGCUUCCCCAGCUCUUCCUCACAGUACAAGACCCAUCGCGAUUGUGAGCACAAAGGAAAUGGGAAAGCACGGCCCAAAGAGAAGGCGUGUAGGAAGGCUUGCAUUGUCCCCUCAUCUAAGUCCAAACAGAAGUCCAAGAUCGGGAAAAUUGUCAUCAAGAUUGGAAAAAAGAAAAAGCGAAAGCCCGAGUCUUCGGAGGAGGAGUCAGACGACGAUCCUCCCUCUCGACACACGUCGAAAGAGGACGAUGCUAAGAGGCGAUCCAAUCGUCAGGUGAAAAGAAAGAAGUAUGCAGAGGAGCUGGAGGCCAGGUUGUCGGACGAGGAAGUCAAGGUUAUUGUCAAAGCAAAGAAAACCAACCCUGCAACACGGGAGCCCUCUCUUCAGCUCUUUGUGGAGAAUCCCAGUGAAGAGGAUGCUGCUGUUGUUGACAAAAUCAUGUCUUCUCGCGUUGUCAAGAAGGAGGUCUCUCCAGGAAUGUUGGUGGAGGUGGAGGAGUUUUUUGUGAAAUACAAAAAUUACUCCUACCUGCACUGUGAAUGGGCCACAGAGCAGCAUCUGGAUAAGGACAAGAGGAUUCAGCAGAAGAUCAAACGCUUCAAGAUGAAACAAGCGCAGAGGGCACUCUUCUUUGCAGAUAUGGAGGAGGAGCCCUUUAACCCUGACUAUGUAGAGGUAGAUAGAGUACUGGAGGUGUCGUAUUGUCAGGACAAAGACACACGAGAGGAGGUGGUGUACUACCUGGUGAAGUGGUGCUCGCUGCCUUAUGAGGACAGCACCUGGGAGCUGAAGGACGACGUAGAUCAGAGUAAGAUUGAGGAGUUUGAGCAGCUGCAGGCAGUGAAGCCAGACUCGCGCAGGAUGGAGCGUCCUCCAGCAAAUAUGUGGAAGAAAAGAGAGCAGUCGAGGGAAUACAGGAAUGGCAACACCCUCAGAGACUAUCAGCUGGAAGGUGUUAACUGGCUCCUCUUCAACUGGUACAACAGGCGGAACUGCAUCCUGGCUGAUGAAAUGGGUCUGGGAAAGACCAUCCAGUCCAUCACAUUCCUAGAAGAGAUCCAUCGCGUGGGCAUUAAAGGGCCAUUCCUCAUAAUAGCCCCGCUCUCCACAAUAGCCAACUGGGAGCGCGAGUUCCAUACUUGGACGCACCUCAAUGUCAUCGUCUACCAUGGCAGCAUGGUCAGCAGACAGAUGCUCCAGCAGUAUGAGAUGUAUUUCAGGGAUACACAGGGCCGUGUGAUACGAGGUGCCUACAAGUUCCAGGCCGUUAUCACAACAUUUGAGAUGAUCCUGGGAGGCUGUCCUGAACUCAACGCCAUUGAAUGGCGCUGUGUUAUUAUUGAUGAGGCCCACCGCCUCAAGAACAAGAACUGCAAACUGCUGGAGGGCUUCAAGCUCAUGAAUCUGGAGCAUAAGGUGCUGCUGACGGGUACUCCUCUUCAGAACACAGUGGAAGAGCUGUUCAGCCUGCUCCACUUUCUGGAGCCUGCACGAUUCCCCUCAGAAAACACCUUCAUGCAGGAGUUUGGCGACCUCAAGACUGAGGAGCAGGUACAGAAGCUUCAAGGUAUCCUGAAGCCCAUGAUGCUUCGUCGGCUGAAGGAGGAUGUGGAGAAGAAGCUGGCACCUAAAGAGGAAACCAUCAUAGAAGUCGAGCUCACCAAUAUUCAGAAGAAAUAUUACCGCGCCAUCCUGGAGAAAAAUUUCUCUUUCCUGGCUAAAGGUGCUGGCCAAGCAAACAUGCCCAAUCUGGUCAACACCAUGAUGGAGCUGAGGAAGUGCUGCAACCACCCCUACCUCAUCAAAGGGGCAGAAGAAAAGAUCCUGGAGGACUUCAGGGAAGUAUGUAGUCCCGCUGCGAUGGACUUUCACUUGCAGGCCAUGGUGCAGUCUGCCGGAAAGCUGGUGCUUAUUGACAAACUGCUGCCCAAGAUGAAAGCCGGAGGACACAAGGUGCUCAUCUUCUCCCAAAUGGUGCGCUGCCUGGACAUCUUGGAAGACUACCUCAUUCAGAGAAGGUACUUGUAUGAGAGGAUAGAUGGACGCGUCCGCGGGAACCUGCGGCAGGCCGCCAUCGAUCGCUUCAGUAAACCCGACUCUGACCGCUUUGUUUUCCUUCUGUGUACGAGAGCUGGCGGCCUGGGAAUCAACCUCACAGCUGCAGACACCUGCAUCAUCUUUGACUCUGACUGGAACCCUCAAAACGACCUGCAGGCCCAGGCUCGCUGCCAUCGAAUUGGCCAAAACAAGGCCGUGAAGGUGUACCGUCUGAUCACAAGGAACUCGUACGAGCGUGAAAUGUUUGAUCGGGCCAGUCUAAAGCUCGGUCUGGACAAAGCGGUGUUGCAGAGCAUGAGUGGACGAGACAACAGCCUAGGAGGGAGUACCGGGGGAGGGACUGCGCAGCAACAGCUGUCUAAGAAGGAGAUCGAGGAUCUCCUGCGGCGAGGAGCUUAUGGGGCCAUCAUGGAUGAGGAGGACGAAGGGGCCAAAUUCUGUGAGGAGGACAUUGACCAGAUUCUCCAACGAAGGACAAAGACCAUUACUAUUGAGUCGGAGGGUCGAGGAUCCACCUUUGCUAAGGCCAGUUUUGUGGCUUCUGGAAACCGCACAGACAUCUCACUGGACGACCCCAACUUCUGGGAUAAAUGGGCCAAAAAGGCUGACAUUGACAUGGAUAUGGUCAAUGGAAGAAACAGCUUGGUUAUUGACACGCCCCGUGUCCGAAAGCAGACGAGACCAUUCAGCGCUACCAAGGAUGAGUUGGCGGAGCUUUCAGAGGGGGAAAGCGACAGUGACGACACCAAACCUAAGCUCAGGCGGAAUUACGACCGGCCCAACAGCUAUGGCCGCACCGAGUGCUUCAGGGUAGAGAAGAACCUGCUCGUAUAUGGGUGGGGUCGUUGGAAGGAUAUCCUCACACAUGGGCGUUUUAAGAAGCAGUUAACGGAGUGGGACGUCGAAUCCAUCUGCAGGUCCCUGUUGGCUUACUGCCUGGUCCAUUACCGUGGAGACGACAAAAUCAAAAGCUUCAUGUGGGAUUUGAUUGCCCCUACAGAAGAUGGAAGCAUCAAGGAGCUUCAGAAUCACUUGGGUUUGUCUGCCCCCGUCCCUCGGGGCAGAAAGGGCAAGAAGAUGAAGACCCAGUCCAGCUCUUUUGACAUCCAUAAGGCUGAAUGGCUAAGAAAGCACAACCCCGAGCACAUGCUUCAAGACGACGGCUACAAGAAACACCUUAAACAUCACUGCAACAAGGUGCUGCUCAGGGUCAGAAUGCUCUACUACCUGAAACAAGAGGUGAUAGGGAGCCAGGCCCAGAGUGUGCUGGACGGCGUGGACUCCAGUGAGAUAAAGAUCUGGGUGCCGGAGCCUGACCAUUCAGAGCUGCCUGCUUUGUGGUGGGAUGCCACCUCUGACAAGUGUUUGCUGCUGGGUGUCUACAAACAUGGUUACGAGAAGUACAACACCAUCCGUGCGGACCCCAAUCUGUGCUUUCUAGAUCGCGUGGGGCGACCGGACGAGAAGGCCAUCGCUGCAGAACAGAGGGGCAACGAUUUCAUCGACGGGGAUGUAGACGAUCCAGAGUACAAGCCUGCUCCAGCCCUGCUAAAGGACGAUAUGGAGGAUGACGCCUCUUCUCCUGGAGACUUGGUUGUCACUGACAACGCUGGGGAUGCAGAUGCGGCUCCGGUGACAGAAGGUGAAACUGCCUACUGGCCCUCCCCCUCGGUGCUGACAGCCAGGCUGAGGCGUCUGAUCACAGCCUCCCAGCGCUACACCAAGAGCCGGCAGAUCCUCCACAUCCACCAGACUCAGUCUCAGUCCCAGCAGGCCUUGAUGCUGUCUGCUCCACUCUGCCCACUCCCGCCCACGCUCAACAACACCCUCAACCCCAAGAUGGCUGCUAAGAUUGAAAGGCAACAAAGAUGGACCAGGCGAGAAGAAGCUGACUUCUACCGGGUGGUCUCCACGUUUGGCGUCGUCUUCGACCCGAACCUCGGCCGGUUCGACUGGACCAAGUUCAGGGCCAUGGCUCGACUGCACAAGAAGACUGACGAGAGCUUACAGAAGUACUUGUGUGCUUUCACCGCCAUGUGCCGACGGGUGUGCCGCCUGCCACCUAAGGAGGGAGAUGCUGCUGUGGACCCGUCUCUUAACAUCCAGCCCAUCACAGAGGAGCGGGCGUCUCGUACCCUGUACAGAGUGGAGCUGCUUCGCCAGGUGCGGGAGCAGGUCCUUCGACAUGCGCUACUGUACGAGCGCCUCUCGCUGUGCCAGAUGAGUUCUGACCUGCCCGUGUGGUGGGAAGUCGGCACCCAUGACCGCGACCUGCUGAUUGGCGCAGCCAAGCAUGGCGUCAGCCGCACAGACUAUCACAUUCUGAGAGACCCUGACCUCAGCUUCAUGGCUGCUCAGCGCAACUACAGCCAGACUAAAGGUGCGCAGCAGCAGUCGCGCACACCCACCCCACUCUUACACGCGCCACACCAGGCCACCGGCUCCGCGUUGACAGGCUCCCCAGCGCCUCCAGCAGCCCAGAGAGACUCGGAUCCCAGCGGGGUGGUUCUCAAGGCAGAACCAUCCUCAGAAGGGGAGGAGAGCAGAGAGAAACUGAGGGAGACCUGGAGUCCGCCUCUGCCACCGGCUACUCCCACAGGUCUGGAUGAGAAGCCCGUUUCUGAGUUGAGAGACAAUGACAGGCAGAUGGUGGCAGCGCGAACCAAACCCCUCACACCCAACAACUCUGAGAGGAAGCCCAAGAAGGCUAGCAAGAGGGGCCGCAGGGAGGCCAGGCGUGGCUCCGUGUCCGACUCGGAUGGCUCCUCAUCCAGCUCCUCAUCACGAUCAUCCUCCUCUUCAUCGUCUUCUUCCUCGUCACAUUCCGGCUCCAGCUCCUCCUCCUCAUCGUCGUCUUGCUCCUCUGGCUCGUCGUCGUCGUCCUCCUCAUCGUCCUCUUCUGAUGACAGUGACAGUGAUAGAGAGGAAAAGAAGAAGAAGAAGAAAGUGCCUGCAGCAACAAGUGUGAAGGGCUUUGAUGAGGACAGCGUGGCAUCUCUGAGCACAGCGCAGGAUGAAACACAGGACACUCAUGCGUCAGAAAAUGGCAUCAGCAACAACUCGUCGCUGCCUUUCCAAGGAGGGGGCUACAUGCUCGCUGCAUCCUACUGGCCAAAGGACCGCGUCAUCAUCAACCGCCUGGACAGCAUCUGCCAAGCGGUGUUGAAGGGCAAGUGGCCGGGAACGCGCAGGGUCUACGAGCCCGGAGGUGCCGUGGCCUCCUUUUACACCACCAAGCUGCUGGACAAUGCCAACAGCCUGUGCGAGGACCCCUCUUCUUCACCACAGGGGUCAAAGGUGACCAAGCAUGUUGCAGAAAACAAGGAGUUCUCAGUAAAACUCAAUGAUCAGGAGGGGGGCCUGAAGCUGACCUUCCAGAAACAGGGUCUACCUCAGAAAAGGCCCCUGGAGUCCGAGGAGGGCCCUCAUGCCCAGCAGCAGUACCUUGCACGUCUCCAUGAGCUGCAGAGCGCCUCAGACACGGGCCUGGCUGACAUCACCCAGCCCCAGUGCAGCUUCCCCACAGCAGGCGCCGCUGGUCAGAUGAGACUAAACGGUGCACUGGAGAGCCAGCCAGUGCUUAAGAAGCGAAGGGGAAGGAGGAAGAACGUUGAGGGGAUGGACCUGCUCUUCAUGAACAGGAAUAGAGUCCCUGCUGUUCCUGAUCAGAUGCCUCCGGGGUGGGGGGGUAUUGGCCAGGUGGGCAUGAGUGUUGCCCCUGUGCCAGGCUACAGUCAGAGCUCCAGUCAGGUCCCCGUGGACACAGACAGCAGAGUGCCUGUCAUCAACCUUAAAGACGGCACCCGUUUGGCUGGAGACGACGCUCCCAGGAGGAUAGAUCUUGAACAGUGGCUAAAGGAGCACCCUGGCUUCGUGGCAGACACAGGAGCCUUUAUUCCUGGGGUAAAUAAGAUGCAAAUGCAGUUCCACUUCCAGGAUGGCCGGCCCAAGCAGAAGAGGCACCGCUGCAGGAACCCCAACAAGAUCGACGUCAACAGCCUCACGGGAGAGGAGAGAGUCCAGAUCAUCAACAGGAGAAAUGCUCGCAAGGUCGGUGGAGCCUUCGCUCCUCCUCUGAAGGAUCUGUGUCGGUUCCUUAAGGAGAACCCAGAGUAUGGAGUUCCACCAGAAUGGGCUGAUGUGGUCAAACAAUCGGGUUACCUCCCAGAGAGCAUGUUUGACAGAAUCCUGACCGGACCCAUUGUUCCUGAGGAGGUGAGCCGGCGCGGACGUCGACCCAAGAACCCCCUGGCCAAGGCGGCGGCGGCGGCGGCAGCAGCGACGGCGGCGCCCAACCCAGCAGCCUCGGCUCUGGGCCUGAACCCCCUGCUGGCCAACGGCCUCCUCUCCGGGAUGGACCUGCCCAGCCUGCAGGCUUUCCAGCAGAACCUCCAGAGCUUACAGUCGCUGCAGCUCACCGCCGGCCUCAUGGGUCUGCCGUCUGACGCCAGCAACAUGGCUGCGAGCAACUUGGCGGCCAUGUUUCCCAUGAUGCUCUCUGGCAUGACCGGCCUACCCAACCUGCUUGGCAUGAGCAGCAUGCUCGGGAAGCCUGAGGGCAAGGUCGCCCCCGAGGAGAAGACGAAGGGAACCGCUAGCAGCGCGACUGGAGAGCCGUCUGCCACGAAAGCUCCUUCUCACAGCUCAGACACCAAAGGAGAAAGGACAGAGGGCUCGAACGCGAAUCCUUCCUCCGCUUCCAGCUCCACUUCUUCUGCCGCCACCCCACAAAGUGCUUCAGCUGCCUCCGCAGCCUCCAGUCAUCCACUGUCUCUUAACCCAUUGUUACUCUCCAGUAUGCUUUACCCAGGGAUGCUUCUCACUCCAGGCCUUAACCUUCCUGCGUCUACCACACAGCCGCAGAGCUCAAACGAUGACCCCGCACCUCCGCCCGCCCCUCCUCCUCCCCUCGCAGCCUCCCAGUUAUCUCCACUGGAGGCCGAGCGGACAGUGGCAGAGAAGAACGGAGAGGAGGACGACGACGAAGCACUGGACGAAGACGAGGAGGAGGAGGAGGAGUCAGCAGAACAAAAGGAGAACAGUGGCCCUGAAGGUUCAGGGAAAGCGGAAUCGUCGUCAUCAGAGUCUGGGAGCUCUUCCUCAUCCUCAGACAAUUCAGACUCCAGCGAUGAGGACUGAUUCUAUGAAUAUAUAAUUAUAAAAAUUUAUUUAUGUAUUGCCUAGAAAUGUAAACAUAUAUUCACAUACACCUAUAUGGAUUUUCCAGCACUUAUGUUGCGAUUUUCUUUACAUGUAAAUAUAAGAACUAACUAAAAUGUUGUGUAAUAAAGAUAUAAAAAGCGUAAAAAAUAGGAAAAAACUGACUUAAAAGAAGCUGAAAUAAAAUUUCAGUGUUUGUUCACAAGGUAGUCUUGUUAUGAGACAUUUUGCAUGUCAGACUUUAGUAGAUUUCCAGACUCUGUGAACUUGUACCACACGAUUAUGUACAAUUGAGAAAAAAAGGCAUUAUUGUAAUUAUUUCAGGAUUUAAUUUUAUUAAAAAGUGAAACUACAUCAACAUGCUCGUUGAGCUGUACUAUUAAUAUAUUUUGAUUGUGGGGGGGUGACACUUGACAAACACUUUGGUUCCUCUUGUAAAUGCUCAGUACUUUUACAGGUUCUUGACACUUUGCUUUGCAGAUCAUACGUUGGAUAUGUCAGCAAUAACUUGGGCAGCUAAUGAAUGUCACAGAAGCUGUAGAUUCUGUCUGCCAUGUUCCACCCCAGUGGACACCUCCCACAGCCUCGCGCCUGUCGUGUAGCGUCAUAUCGUGUCCAACAGCUCCCUUCUAGAGUCGCUCUCGAGAGAGAAUUGUGUGACGCUGCCUCUUCAAGAUUGUUUUAAUGUUCUUUUUUUUUUUUUUUUUUUUUUUAUCCCCCAACAUUUUAAUUGAACUAAUGGUUAAUGCCUUUCAAAUGGAUCCUAAUUAAAUGUUUUCAUCUUUCACAUGGACAUGUAAUCUUCCCCUCUCUCCGUUUCCACAUGUCUGGGGGCUGCACUUUAGAUUUCCACAUUAGAAAAAACAUGUUCACUUGCACAACUGUUGAUUUUGACUAGUGUCAGAGUCUAUGGAGCCCCUGAGCUGUGGGGACAGAAACCAACCUUUUACUGUGUGCCAAAAACUGCCCUUUGAGGUCCUGACACAAUAUUGUAACUUCUGUAUAGUGGAAACGUUGAGGGUUCCUGUUGACGUGGGUAUUAUUACUACAGACCUGACGUAUUUGACUGCAUCUUACCUCAACUCUACUAAAUAGAUUGGCUUCACUGUGCAAAUGUACCUGUGCAUGGGUAUGUUUUCUUGCUGUGCGUGUCCCCGUCUCUGCUGGAAUGUGUGUUGGAGGCCUUUUUUAUUUUUUUUCCUUCCGUUGCUGUUUUGUUUGGCUGGACUGCUCCUAGCGCCUGCUCUCUCCCGCUUCCACCACUCCUCGCGCUGAAUGUUACGCUGCGUAUCGUAGAAGCCCCAUCGGCAGCGUUUCCACCUCCGAACGCCGCUCCACCACAGUCUCGCAGCAGAGAAACGCGACACAAGCACAAAAUAGUUCAAGCGGUGGCUGAGAUUGUAACAGAUCCCCUUUUCUGAUCGAGUAUUCCAUUUUUACGCAGUGCCAGGCGGGCUAGCUCCAGGAAGGGCUCAAUAAUAGCAGCUUGUGUGUGUGUGUGUGCGUGCACGCAUCUCAUUCUGUCCUUGGCUCAGUUCUGCUGAUGAAUGGAGCUUCAGUUAGAUGUAGAAGUGCCCUUAUCCUGUACCUCACUCUCUCGUUCAGCUCGCGUCUGCUCAUUUGUGCUUCAUGCUUGUGCAUUUUAUUUUAUCUUUUUCAUCAUCUCUUCUGCACAUGUUCAUUUUAAGCCGUAUCCAGGACACACACACACACACACACACACGCGCAGAGUCAACACUGGAGUUCACUCAAACCGAAGUACCUUUUGUAAUCCUCUAGCACAACAAUGCUUGCUCUAGGACUGCUGUUCCACAGUGGACUGUUAGAUGCGCUUUUCACCCUGAUGGGUUUGUGUUUGGACCGGGGACGGCGGGGCGUCCUCGCGUCCCUCAUGUUGGAGUCUGGAGAAACUGUUGAGUUCUAAAAUCUUGCUGUAGCAUUGUUCUCUGGUGGGUUAAAACACAUGGACCCCCACAGUCUGAACAUAAAGACUGAAAACCCGUUGCUUUCCUGUCUGUCUGUCUGUCCUACACAUAUAUAGGCCUGGUCAUGGGUUUGCUUGCAAUGCAAUUGCAUUUUUCUAUGAUUACUAACAGUAUGGUAUUUUUCUAUGUCUGAGCAAUGAACUGACUCACGCCACUGUCAUUUUGUACAUGUACACCUCUGCUCUCUUUACACUUGUAGUGCCCUUAUGCAAACGCCCAGGCAUCGCUAACUUCUGCUGUCGGAGACUCAGAUGCUGUCGCUCGCGUUGCCGCCGCAGCGAUGGGUCGAUGGAUUGAGGAGAAACUGGUAGUCGUGACAUUGGACUUUUCCUUUUAGUUCAGAUGGGUUGGUUUUGUUGCUGGUUGUACUGUACUAAGUCUCCCGAAGCAGCGCGACGAGCGCUAGACCCGCAUCAGACACAAGUAAACCAUGACCAAUAUGCAAGAGGAAAGACAAAACACUACUGCUGUACAGGGAGGUUUCCUUUCAGUGCUCACAUACUCACUCUGCUGAUAAAACCCGCAUCAUCGGCUUUGUAUUUUUAUUUCAACCGUAAUAAUAUCCUAAUUGUCACCUGGUCAGUUUUUGUCUUUUUUUUUUUUUCUUUUCAUUGAACAGUUGUAAUAUUUGCAAUUUGUGAUCUGUGUAGUCAAAAUAAUUCUUUUAUGUAGUGCAGGAAAAUGUGUCUUAAGUCAUUUGUAAUUUAUUGGAUUACUUUCUAUGAAGUUCUAUAGAGGAAAUUGAGGUUUAAUUAUUUUUAUUAAACAUAUUCUUCUGACUAUCCGA